AUGAGAAGACCACUGCAGUCAGGUGUCGUGGAAGCCAUUGAAGAUCAUGGUGCUGUGGUUUAUCCGUUCACUUCAGAAAGGAUGGCAGAACAUCGGGAAACAGAGAAAUCUAGGCUUGCAUCGCAGACAAUAGAAUCACCGCUAGAGUCAGUUGGAAGGGAACUUUGUCAUUGGCAACAGUGGUCUCAAGUCUCUGAUCUUGUCGGCAAGACUGUCCUCCUCUACUUCUCAGCAGACUGGGAUCCAUUUUGGCCGUUCUUGAACAAGCUUAUUGAGACAUACCACAGGAUCAAAGCCAAGGACUAUGCUUUUGAAACAAUCUUCAGCUCAAGUGAUCACGACGAAGCAGCAUUUGAAGAGUUUGGAAAUCAUAUGAAAACUUCAGAAGAGCGGUUGUAUCUCCUGUGUCGUCAGCCAUAUCCUUGCGAGAGUUGGCAUUCUCUUACUGUAAUCUUCAUAUAUAUCAAUGUCGCAUCUCCUGCAAAGUAA